UUACUUCUUUAAUCAUCUUCGCCGAACUCAACAAGAAGAUUCGCUUCAGAAAGUGUGCUAACACUCUCUGCUCUCCGAUUGUCACAUACUAGUGACCGUGCAUGCGCAAUCAUGGUGACCUUCGGAGCGCAACUGAUCAUGAUCAUGUCUUUCGUUUUGGGAGAUAUUUUUUUCUUCAUGAAUAUUUGUUUGUCUGGCAGGCCGUAUUGCACCAGAAUCUAUCACCCUAAGCUUUGUUUUUAACCAAGAGCUUUCACAUAAAUGCUCUGCUAGCUGUUGACGAUAUGUUAACAACGCUGCGAGACCGUUACAAAUGAGGUAGUUUCUCGAAAAGACCUGAGUCACGAAUACUUGUAUGAACCCCGAGGCAAUCACGCUUGUUUCACUGGGACUCAAUCUUUGUCUUAGCUUCCUCCUAAAAACAUAAUUCCUUCUCAAAACUAUGGAUCUUGAUAGUCCGAAUUUGACUCAUUGUAUCCCUGUGUACCGUAUGACCAAUUGAAUGGCAACAACCUAUGUCAUUUUCUAUGACUGAGCACGCAAAAGACUGUUCAGUCCGAAUAAACAAGAUUUGUAAGUUUUUCUUCUUUUCACUGAUCCGAGCUACUGUUUUUUAGUCCAAGGGUUAUUUAGAUAUUUUCUGAUUUGAUGUAUACUUUUCCACGAUAGCCUCAUACUUCUUUUUUCAUCCAUAUAAACAUGAGUGGUGUCUAUAGAGAAGAUCGUUGCAGUUUUAAUUUCAGAGAAUAAUGAUGUCGUUACGCUGUUUGCCAAUGCGUUUACAAAUGCAAAUUGUCAAAAAAGAUCAUGCAUCAAUGAACAAAACUUCUGUAAUUCGAUUGAAUGAAUCAGCGUUUUUCCUUCAGUCCAAGUUUUGCUAGUUCCUAAAGGCAAGAAAGACUAAAUAAACGUGAUAACCCUAAUUGCUGGACAAUUAAAAAUAAAGGUGUUUUAAAACAGAAGUGAGCUCAAAAAUGGAUUUUAACGCGUGACGUCAAAGAGCCCAAGCCUACGAAACAGCAGUGGGCAGCUGGCGUAUAUUGACUCUUCGACCACGGAUGAAUGUUAAAAACGAAAUGCAUGUUGAAUUUUCUGGAAUGAGUUCUUAAUCUCGCGCUCCCUUAAACAACAUCCAACCCUUGUUCGUUCUCGCUGUCUCCAUUCGUUUAAAAUCCAAACAAUUACUGUUUCGCUUUGUCAACAAUUUCCAAAAAUAGUGACUAAAUCGUAUUUAUAUUCAAAACUGUCAUUUCUUCGAUUGACACCCUCUAAGUUCACACAAUAAGGAUAAAAGAGAUCCCCUAAGACAAUCAAUAAAAAUCUCUUAUUGCCUAAGCCGGAAAAUAACAACGGUUUGACGUCAAGACUAGCAUGAUUGACAGGAAUUUGGAUGCGAUGGAAAAAUAACCCCAUUAUGUGUUCGUUGGAUCGUGACUGAAACAUGAAUCAACCAUCACAAAUCAUCAGGCAGAGGUCAGUUGCAUAUCUCUACGAACUAGAAGCAAAUAAGCAAGGUUCUCGACUUUUCCAUCACCAUUUAUACAUAAAAUAAGACUGUUCAGCCAAUAAUCUCUCCUGGACCACUGGACAUCUUCUUCGAGAGCCUCUCAAGACAAGCAUGUGUUCAUGGGAUUGAAUUUCCCAGCGCAAUUAGUCUUGAGCCUAGAAAUUGAAAGAAUACAUUUAAGGCUGUUCGCAGGUUACGGCGAGGUAAUCUGGUGUGCUUAGCCAAGGACACUGGCAGUGACGGAAAGAAAUUCAUAAUUUCAGAGUUCUACACACAGCAACUUCUCUCAGGGAAAUGGUUUCAGUAUUACCACAGUUAACUAUCGUGCCAGUAGAAAGCGGAAUGAAUUCAGUUAACUCUAUGUUCAUGCCGCAAAGAAACAGUUUUCGUCCAAAGAAAAAAUUAACAAGACUUUCCAACGGACUCAAAGCUCAUGGAAUAACAAAUCAAUACAAUUUACCGCCGCAACUUUUUGCGACCUCGAAAACGGACAAAAAAAAUUUUUCCUCCGUUCCAAAGAUAAUAAUCGAUACGGUAGAAGAUGAAAAUCCCUGGGAUAGAAAGCACUCGCCGAGGCUACAGGCGCUACAGAGUUACACAAAGCCAGGACUUCAUUGCAAUGCGAGAUUUCUUCAUCCCUCGUAUACAGUCUGCGCGGCCGUUUCCGCGAAUGACCCUGGCGCUCUCAAAAAUAUUUUACUCUCGGGGUCCGUGAAUAUUGAUCAGCUAACUUCGAGCGGAGCUUCGGCACUUCACGAGGCGGCUUAUGACGGGAAAUUUAGUUGUGUAAGCGCUUUAAUUCAAUGCGGAGCUGAUGUGAACGUUAUAGACAGCGAAGGAUGGACACCGCUUCACGCCGCAGUUUGCGGGAGAAGUUUACAGUGCGCCGAGCUUCUUAUCGGUCGUGGCGCGAACGCCAAAGCGAAAACUGACGACGGACUAACGCCGCUGGGAAUCGCCUUACAACAGGGCGACAGAGACAUGAUUAAACUAUUAACAUCGCUUUCUAAUCGUACGCAAACAUUGAACAAACCGAGACGGUACUCUUUCAAAGAAGCGAAGGCGCUGUUGUCGUUUUCGCCUUCAAAUGUCUAAUUUAUUGCGUGGGAAGUCAGCAAAGAUUUCGCAAGGAUAUAAAGAAAGUUCAACAAUAGAUAUAUUUGAAUACUCUGAAUUUAAAGAACUGUGAAGGCCAAUGACAAAUUUUCCGUCUGACGUAUUUUACAGUUCCUUUGUCUCUCUUGUAGCUUCCUUCUUAGUUGUAAAUAACUCGCAAGAACAGCUUUAUACGAAAAACACAGUGUGUCAUCCGCCGUUGAAAUUUAGGUUUGCAGACGCUUAUAUUUAAGGCUAAAUUCAGUUGUGAUAUUAUUGUCGAGAAGCUAAACUAAUACAUAUAUAAACAAGAAUAUAUUUUUCAGAAAGCCGGCUGGCCGGCAAGAAAUAUUUUUAUAAGCUUGGAUAAAUAUUACCGUGUGAACAUGGCAGAAAUAGUAACUAAAAGAAAUGUAGCAGUUAAUGGAAGCUUUAUGUAGUAAGGACGUGUCGCCUAGAAUAGCAUUUUUAUUAUCAUUAUUUUCUUUCGGUAUCAUUCUUUAACCUGUGGCAAAUGACAGAUAACAGGAAAUGUAUGUUUGGUAUUAUGUUCUCUCCAAAAAUAUACCGAGUCCGGUAUAAAUAAACCUUUCGCAAUAGUGU